CAGCAACUUGAAAUUGAAUGCCAACAGGAAGCUGAGCCUGCAGGUCCCAGGAAGCCAAUGCAUUUUGCACCUCCCUUACGAAGCAGGACCUGGAGGAUAGAGGAGAGGCUUUUCAUUAGUGACCAACUGGGCCAGUUGGUAUUGAGACCUGCAUUGCCAGCUUGCCCUGAACGCGGAUUUCACGAUAGCACGAUAUUCACUUUGCCAGCGUGUUGUUGUGUUGUUGAAGACAACAGGGGCUGACAAGCAGCGCUGGCAGCGAUGGCCACAGCAUUGCACCGCGCACAACCAGGUUGUGUUGCUGACAGAUUGUUGAGUCCAUGUCGAGUGGAACUGACACAAAAUACUCUUGCGCAAUACCCAGCCCCUUGUAUGCCCCGAAGUUGUUUCCCCUCCAGGGCAGAUAUGCCAUGCCAACGAGGACAUUCUGGGAUCAAAAUAAUUAGACUUGGUUGUGCUAGGUUGUGUGACACUCAGCAGCCUGCGCUGAAAGUAUGGGGCGGGUCAAGGUGCGUUGUGCGGGCGUCUGCCGGAACAGACGUGGAUCCUAAAGCUGGCGUUGCGAAGUACAAGCCCGCGUCUUUUGAGGUUCUGAUCUCAGAUGCGGCUCGUGCGGUCAAGUACGGGCUCGAUGAUGGACUCAAAAGGAUGGAGGUGGAGUUUCCGCCUCUUCCAAGCUCGGUCAGUGGUUACAAGGGCGCCUCCGACGAGUUCGCAGACGCCAACAUUUCGCUGGCCAUCGUCAUGGCACGAAAGCUGAAGGAGAGCACCGGUCGAGAUGCCAAGCUGGUGUUCUCCGAUAAAGUGGAGCUGAAGCGUGCCGUGCGGAACUUCAAGACAGCUCUAGCAACGACUUCUGGCCUAAGUUUGGGCACCCUAGAAGACGCGCCGGGGGGCGCCUCAAAGGGCUUCUGGGGCGCAGUGACGAGCGCGUUGGACCUGGACUUCAGCGACAUCGACGAGUCGGUGGCGGCGCUCGUGCGGCCCCCCGCGGAGGGGGAGCUGCAGAUCGUGCUCAAUUGCAGUACCGUGGAGCUGAAAGGGGUGGAGGCUUACGCGACGGCGUUUUGUAAAGACCUGCCCGUCAUCCUCUUCAACUUGGAGUUAGAAACGUUGAGGUCCGAUCUCGGCUUGCUAGGCUUCCCCCCGAAGGACCUGCAGUACCGGUUCCUAUCCACCUUCAAGCCCGUCUUCUACAUCCGGCAACGGGACUACUCCAAGAGCGUCAACGUGGCUCCUUUCCUGAUCAAUUACAGCGGCGCGUUGCUCAGACAAUACCCCGGCCCGUGGCAGGUGAUGCUGAAGCAGGGCGACGGGACGUACGUGUGCGUGGCGGAGGACGCGGAGCGCUUCACGCUGGGGCAGGUGAAGGAGGAGCUGCUCAUCUCGCUCGGGCUCAACACGGAGGAGGAGGGCAGCGCGCUGCAGUUCCUCCGGCGGGGGUAUAAGACAUCGACAUGGUGGGAAGACGAUUCCUCACUGGAAGAAUCAAAUGACUGGAGGACCUGAACAAUCUUGGCUGUAACGUGCUUUGCCAUUGAUUGGGUGCUUUGUUGGUAUUAAG